ACAGAGGUUUAUCAAAAUGGAGAAUCAACUCCAAACAAAAAUCAACAGUUUGAGACAGAUGCUUCAGGAAAAAGAUGAAGCCCUACUUCUCAGUAAGAGAGCAUGUGAGCUGCACCAAGUGAAGCAGAGGCUUUGCCCUGAUGAAAGUCACACCACUCUACAUGAUUGUUACAAACAGCUACAAGGAGCUCUUCAUGGAGUGAUGGACGAUGAAAGCAGUGGCAUGGAAAAAGCUUUGAUUAUACUUCAAACGAAAUGUGAAGUGGAAAUAAAUGGAAGAAUCAGAAAAAUAGAAGAACUCGAAGAUGAAUUGGAGAGCAAAAAUGAAGAGAUGAGGCACCUACAGGACCAACAGAGGCAGCUCAAAGAGUCCGAAAGGAGAUAUCAGGAGAAGAUCAGGAGUUUGGAGGAGCUGUUGGACAGUGUGCAGGAGAGGAUUUGCAAAAACGAUAAUGAUAAGAUUGCUCGAAUGGAUUAUCUGCUAAGCAUGAGAGAAGAAACUGUGCAGCACCUGCAGUUGAGGUUAGUGAGUCAGGAGGAACUGCUCAGGGAGAUGGAGGAAACACAGAGGAGACUGUCUCUGCGCAAUGAGCAGCUGGGCACAAAACAGCAUGAGUUAAGCGAUGAACUUCACCGGUGGAAGAUAAAGUUUUCAAACUGUGAGCAAAUCAAUAGAGAAACCAAAGUGGAAAAUGAGCAAAUGACAGAAAAAAUGAAUAUCUUGGAAUCGGAAAUUAGAAAAUAUGAACAUCAGCUGAGGGAAAGAGACAGCAAACUUGCAGAGCUGAACUCUCAGAAUCAAAAAGAAAUUUCAGAGUUAACAUCUGAGCUGAAAAGAGUCACUUUAGAGUUUAAAGACAAAGAAGCCGAUUGGUUUAAAGAGCGACAUAAGACCGAGUUACAGCUAAAAAUGCAGGAGAAGGAAAUUAAAGCUGGUAAAGCAACCAGAGAAAGCUUGACGUUGCAGCUAGAAGAGCUAGAGGCAAGGCUUCGUAAAGUGAAGGCCACCGAAGCAGCACUGCAGCAGAAGAUUGAAGAACUGCACACCGAGCUGUCUGAGAAAGUUCAAUGCGUUCUUAGUUUAGAGACAAAGCUAUCUAAAGAACAUCAUCUGUCAAGUCAUGUGGCUAAUGAGCUGAAGAGUAAAGACACUUUGAUAAAAAGACUACAAGACCAAGUGGGCCUACUGCAGGCACGAAUCCGAGACUUGGAACAGGACUUGGAUGCUAUGAGAAGUGAAAGAGACAAGGGGCCUGAAGUUCACUUGGAGAAUCCGGAACUGUAUGUGCUUCGUAAUCAAGUCAAGGAGCUCGAACAGCGCCUCAAAGAAAAUGUCUUUAACUGGAAUGGAACUGAGACUGCUCUGAGAAGCAGAAUUAAGGAUCUGGAGAUGUCUGAAAGGAAACUUCUGGGUAAGGUGGACCUCCUCAGCAGAAGGUCUCAGCUCAGCCUUUCUUUAAGACAACGGCAAGAAGAAAAACAAAAUCAUCAUCUAUGGAGGGAAGAAAUAGAGACAGUGACAGCAGAAAAAGAAAAGUCAGAAAAAGUACUGAAAGAGAAGUUGCGACGACUGCAAGAGCAGAAGAAAGCUAAAGAAGAAGAAAUGAAAGCACAGUCUGCAUAUUUUGAGCAUUACAAACAGAAGGUACAACAAAAGCUGAUGCUGCUGAGAGAUCGAGAGCAGAGUCUUCAAAGUAAAGUGUUCCUUCUGGAAAAAGAAAUUAUUGAGGUUCUCACAUCAGAGGCUAUUGUAAAAGCUGAGCUGGAAAGACACAAGUUAGAUCUCAAAAAAUCCAACAGAAAACAAGGUGCCAAUGAUUCGGAGGCAGAAACAACUUGUUCUAAAGAAAGUGAAGAUGUAAUUAAAGAAUAUAUAUGUAGCCUUCAAAAGGACUUGAAUUCUUUCUUGGACAAGGAAGAAGAUAACCACAGAAAAUGCAAGGAACUGCAAGAUAGAUUGGAGCGGGCAGAAGAAAAUGAGGAGUUUCUCACUAAAAAGCUUUCUGAUUUCCGGUCGCGUAUUCAUGAACUAAAGCUGUCUGAGAGUUGCCUCAUUGAAGAAAUGCAAGAUUUAACAGAGCAGAACUCAAUUCUCAAAAGAGAGCUGAUGAAAAAGGAGGAAACUGCUGUCAUUUUAAAAAAGAAUGAGGAUGUGAACGAAGAUGAUGUGAGAUGCAAUGCAAUUGAUAAUUCUAUGGAUGAAACUGAAUACAAGAAUAACACAUCCCAUCUGGCAGACUGUGACACAGUAGAAACGGAUACCAUAAAGACUUAUCAGUUACAACGACUCUAUGACACAAUCACAGAGUUUGUGGAACAACAGGAGUCCCAAAGCCAAUACAAAGAACUCAAAAGUAACCUGAGUCAUCUUAGAUCUCAACUUCAGAGUGGGAACAUUGUAUUCCAAGAUGAUGUGCUACAGCUGAAGUGGGAUGCUCUUUUGGAUCCUUCAAGAAACCGAGCUACACAGACUCCUCCUUUGAUACAGUGUAUUAAAGAGGCAAUAACUCUUGCAAACUUAAUGCCACAGCAUGAAAGCAAACAUUCAUGCAUUUGCGUGGAUUCAGUUGAUGGGUCUAUUUUCCCUUUACUGGACAACAACUCCUCUGCAUUGGUUCAAACAAUGCAGGCAGUCCGAGGUGGUAAUUUAGAGCAGGUCAAGGAUAUUUUGAGAAGACCAAAAACUCAAGCAGAGCUCUCAUUACUACUUAGAACACCAGUUGAAAGUGAUCUUUCACCACAUUCAGAGGUGUGCCUAAAUAAUGUCUGCCAAGAAGAACCAGGUCACGAGCUUAAAGACAGUACUCCUCCAGCUGUAGUAUUGCAGUCACAAGCUGACCUUCUGGAGCUUGGUAUACACAAGAAUCAGAGCUCAGAGACCAAAAUACUUUCUCUAGUCAACAAAAUAGAUGCAAACUUUAAAAAUGUGGACAAUAAUCAGGUAAUCACAGAAGAUAUUACUGAGACACAGAAUCUCAGUAGACAUGAGUCACCCUUAAGUCAGCUCGAUACCUUUAAACAAACUUUGCUGAAUCUUGAAGCAACUUUGAAUAAUCUUCAGAGUGAAAGUGAUAAACUGAAAUUAUUGGGAGACAAUCAAGUCAUGGAAGAAAAGUAUGAACUGAUGGCAAAUCAAGUGCGCUUGAGUAUCCAAGAAUUAGACGCUAUAACAUGGGAAAAGGAGUUUAAUUUGGAGGGAUUAAAAAGUAAUUUGAGGCAAGAAAAUUAUGUUUUGAGUAAAAGGAAUGAGGAUCUUUUAGACCAUAUUAGUCAACUAGAAGACUGUUAUCAACGUCAAGUGGUUACAGUUCAAGAAGAAAAUAUUCAGAUGCAGGAGCGUCUAUGUAGGCUUGAGAAAGAGGCUGAGAUGCAUGUUUGCACAAACUCAGAGCUGCAACAACAAGUAAAAUCUCUUUCAUCUUUGAUUGAUGACCUCAGGGAAGACUUGAAGCAGAGCACAGAGGAAACUACAGAUUCACAUGAAGGGAUUACAGAGAACUUGCAAUGUAGCCCACAGUGUGAGGAAGCCCAUUCAAUUUCAGAGCUACAACAGCAAGUAAAAGAUUACUGCAUGUUGUCCACUGACCUGAAGGAAUACUUAAAGGCAUGGUCAGAAAAGCUUAGUUAUCUACAAGAUGAGCUUCUGCAAUGUCACCACAACAAGGUCCAUUUGAAAUGUGAAAACUCUCUCUGCUCACAGGCCAUUUCUCACCUGCAAGAUAAGACUGUAGAUUGUGCUAACUUCAUCGCCAUGCUUGAAAAACAAGUGAGCGAGAGAUGUCAGGAGAUAUCCCUACAAACAGAAAAUGCAGAGUAUACGCAAAAAAUUAUGAAAUGGGAAAUAGGAAGUAUUGAGCAUAACUGCACUAUCUCAAAUCUAAAAGACAAAGUUAAUGAGAUGUCAGGGUUAUCUUUGGAGCAGCAGAGUGAGAUGGAUGGGAAGCUUCCAGAGGAUGAACAUCGUAAAUCUCAAAAGAAUGUGUGCAAACUCAAAAGGCAAAGCCAGGAGGAUUCACUUGUGGGUGCAACAGAAGAAGAUUCCACAUCACUUGCUGACAUUCUAAACCAGAUGCCUAGUGUUCAUGAUCAUAACCACCAGAAGAACUUUCAAGGGCUAGCUGCGACAACGGGCAGUUCCCAAGCUAUGGCAACACAGCAACAGAAGGUUGUUGAGUUUGCUAAGAGGGGUAUUGAAUUUGAGAACUAUUUGAAAGAAACAUCUAAUGGGGAGAGUCUUUUAAAUAAAAGAACUAAAGAAAACAUUCAAAAAAACACCAUGGUAACAACUUUAGAUAUGGUUACAUCGGUAGCAGUAUUAGAGCAGCAAGACAUGGAGAGAGCAGAGUCCAGAGUUUGUGAAACAGUAAAAAGAGACUCUCAAGAACCUUCUAAGGAAAUUAAAUAUGUUGAUAGUGAAGGGACAAAUGUUUUAGGUUUGGAUGAAGAUGGUGCAAAGUUUAUUUGGUUGUCCCCAGGUGACUUGACUUCUAAAGUAACAAUGGAACGCUGGAUGAAAAACAAGAUCAAAAGUAAUGAUAGUGAUGUCGGCAUCCUGAAAUUCAGGACAGACAAAAUAUACAAUGAAACUCUUUCUGAUAUUUUGGAUGGAAGUGAUCAAACUAUAGUGAGAUCACUUACAGGAGAAGAGGAUGCUGGGUUGCUGGCUUCAGAGCAUAAUGGAAGGCUGCAACAAUAUGAAGACAUAAUUAAAUGCCUCUGGGUUGAAAACAGGGAACUGAGGGAGAGAAUUCUUGCAGGGAAAACCUGCAAGGAGAAAAUGAUGGAUGAGGCAAUAAGCCUGCAAAAUGUGAAAUCCGACAAAUUAGCCAAUGUACCUGAAAAACUGCUGAGCCAAUUUCACCACUUAGACUUUGUUCAGAAAUCUGUUAAGGAAAAGACUGUGGAACAAAUCCAGACUGAAAAUGAAUUAGAUUGUAAAUUAAUGGAUGUAACCAAUAAUAAAAAUGAGCAAUAUCCAGAAGAUGUGUUGAUAUCUACUAGUACCGGUCAAGGACAUAUUAAAGCCAGGGCACCUUUUAACAUGUUGCUCAGAGGCAAAACAAAAGAUGACAGUUUGUCUCUUGAUUUAGAUGGGAUUAUGCACUCCAAGCAAGGGGAAGAUAACAAAAAGGAAGAUUGCACGGUAGAAAAUGAUUUACAAAAGCUAUUGGAGGAGUCGAAGGCACAAGUGAAGACAUAUCAAGAUGAGCUAGAAAAGUCCAAAGCUGAAGCUCAGAAGUGGUACAAAGACCUUGGGAUUGCCGAGUACAAACGUGAAGAAGCUUUGAAAAAGCUUGACCAGGCAAUAAAUGAGGUUAAGAGAAUGAGAGGACACUCCAAAGAUGCAGAUGAAUUGAGAAAGGAGAAUCUAAAGCUAAAACAAGAGCUAAAAAACAUGCAAACAAAACUUGAAGAAAUGCAAAAUCUACACCCAAGAGCCCUUUCACAAGAUCAGCAAAUUCUCAAUGUAUCUGAAGACCAGCACAAAGCAGCUCAGAAACUGUGCUCUCAAGAGACUUCAUCUUUGACAAAAAUGAGUGAAAAGUGUGCAACAGGAUGUGAUUUGAGUUCCAAAUGUCUCUGUGUCGACAUGACAGUGAAUGAAAAUGAAGGAUACAGCAUGAGAGAAAAAGAUCUGAAGAAUGAAUAUGAAAGCAUCAACUCUCAGGUGAAUGAACUUCAGAGAAGGAACACAGAAUCAGAGUUGGCUAUUGCUGCUUUAAAGGCAAAGCUGGCCUACAUGGUUCAGAAGUGCCAAGACCGGAAUUGUCUUAUCCUUAGGCUGGUGAGGCUGCUGUGCAAGUGUGGCUACAUCAAUGUUGAUCUUGUUCAGGAGGCAGAAGAUCUUUUAAAUGAUACCGCACUGCUAGAUUACUCUAGAGAUUUUAUUCCUGCUCCUUGCAAUCAGAACAAUUAUAAGGACUUGCAGGUGAAUGAUACUGAAAAAGGCUUUCUACAGAGAUCCCUCAUAAGUGAAAAACGAAGCUUUCCUUAUACUGAUUGGUCCCCUAAUAGCAGAACUUUAAUCGCAAAAGCCAAUUUCACCCCUACUCCAAGCAUGCCCAAGACAGUCCUGCCAGAACUUCCUUUGUCUGCUGGUGAGACUGUCAAUGUUAUAGGCAUUCCAGACAACCAUGGGCUAUUUCAUGCUGAAGUGCAGGGGCAGCUGGGGCUCGUUCCUGAUAGCUUCCUAGUGGAACAGAGAGAGUUAGAGUUUCUUCAGAGCAAGUGUCCAAGCCCUCGACUGUCAAGCCCUGAGAAAAUUAUAAACCUGCAUCAGCAGCUUCUGCAUUCACACCACAGUAAUCACCAGAUUGAGACCUCUGAAUCUACUUCUCAGAUAAACAACGGUAAUUUUCUCCAACCUGAUUCUGAGACUGAAGAUUAUUCCCAACUUAGAAGACAAAAGAAGCAACAAGAACUCGUAACAUCGUCCCUGGCAAGCAUGAAGAAGCAAAAUUUAGACAGAAACAUCCAGAUCAGCAGCUGUGUGGAAAUUGAAAGCUGGGUUAGUCAGGCCAAAAAUGCUGGAGUCAACCUGGAUACAACAGUGUUCUUGGAGAAUAAAGAAGAUUGUGCAGGCUCAGUGAAUGCUGCAAGAAGCAGUUUGUCAGAGAUGUCAGUACUAAAGUGCCAAGACCACAAAGCACAAGACAGAGUAAACAGUGCAGCAUUUCAGAUGGGAACAACACUUCGAAUAAAGCAAGAGCCCCCUGCUCCAGUCUCAUCUGUUCAUGUUAUCAGAAGUAUUGGAAAAGACAGCAUGCUUAUUGGCUGGGAGACACCAACUUUGGAUGUUCUUGGCUGUAGUAAUGGGACCUUUGUUUAUGGCUACAGGAUAUAUGUCAAUGGAGAAUUCUACAAAUCAGUAAUGAGCUCAGCAUGUAACAAGGUUGUGUUGGAAAAUCUUGACCUGUCACAGUCAUGUGACAUAAGCAUUCAGACAGUUGGUGCCAAUGGCCUGGUGGCUCAGAAAAUUCAUGGUCACUUUGACAGCAUCAGCCAGUUAACAAAAGGGAACUCAUCACAAACAAUCAGCCAAACAUCUAGACAUCAGAGGCAUGACAGGUGCCAGCAGUUUGUUGCCAUUUAUAAGUAUAGUCCACUGCAGGACAGUCCUAAUAUUCACCCUAGUCGGGAGUUGGCCUUUAAUGAAGGGGACAUUGUCUGGGUAUUUGGACAGCCCAGAAAAGAUGGCUUCUGUGAAGCAGAGGUUAAUGGAAGGCGAGGUUUAGCACCUAUAGCAUUUCUUGAGGAAGUAUAGUUUGGCCUGCUAUGAAGAUAAAACAAAAAAGCUGUGAAGCCAAUGUUGUGAAAUACAGUCGUCUAACUACAAGAUUCCAUAUUUCAUUAUGUGAAGCUUCAUUUGCCAGGUUUAUCUCCCUUCUUGUUUAUGCUGAGGUUGUAAUGAAUAGGAUCCAUACUUCUAAAGCAAAGUCCAAGGAGUUAUUUUAUUCCAUACAGUAUACUGUAUAUGUAAUUCUUAAUAUAAUAUUUGACAAGAAACAACCAACUCAAACCACAAAUGAAGUUGUACUCUACUCUAUAUACUCUGUAUAGAAUGACAGUUUUUAAAACAUGAACAAUAUUUGACCUAAAGAUUGCUAAAUGAAUUGGUCUGUAUCUGUUUAUAUAUAAAUUAAUAUAGUUCUCUCUAAAAAUAAAAUUGUUAAAGUGAAGGCCUAAACACUUUAUAAAGUAUACAUUAUUUAUACCUGACUAGCAACUGCUUGCUGAUCAUCCAAACAAAUCAGAAAUAUCCAUGGAAACAGAAAAUUUGUUUUCAUCAGAGUGAAGUCUUCUACUAAGUCACUGCAGUUAGCAAAAAAGGCUAAGUCCAAUUCUUAAACUAUUUAGUACAAACUGCAAAAUGUUGCUUCCACCAUAUAGCUAUAUAGGUUUUAAGCUGGAUCAUUAUUUCUUGUUUUUAGUAACUAAAUAUUUGAAUUUCCCUAUUUCUCAUAUGCAUGUAAAACAUGUUUGUGCACACAUUUCAAAAAUUUUGGUUGUAAUUUCAUCAAGUCCUAACAACACAGAACAAACUGUAUUUGAAGGAUCAUAUCUUUGAAGCAAAAUCAAUGACCAUUCAUUGGCCAUACGUUGUGACUAUGUAUUUGCAUGUUCAUUUUAAAAUGUGAGUCAUUCAGCAUAAAUUGAUCCAUUUUUAAGGUUAUUUAAUAAAAGGUUUUAUAAACUAUUCAUAUGAAUAUACUAAUGAAAUAUAGUGCAAUUCAUAGACAAUUUAAUUUUGAAUUAAAAAUGUCAGUUAUUUGCUGUUAAACUGCUUUUUAAAAGAUACUUUUAAAUAAUAUCAAAUUCAGAAAAUUAUUACCUUGUGAAAUUUCAGUUUUAUUAGUACUUUGAGUUGGUCUGACUGACAUCCCUUUGAUAUUCCAACCUCUCUCUCACUUACUCACCAUAUCUCAUUAGGUCAUCUUUCUGAAUGAAUCCAUUUAUAUUUAGGUUGUUAUGUUUUUAUUAUGCGACUGAUUACACAACACAUUUGAUAAAUUAUUUCAACAGUAAUAAUAAUAAUAAUAAUACAUUUUGCAACAGCUAUUUGAAAACCUUAAAUUGUGCAUUUUUAUACAUUCAAUGAAAAAAGGUUAUAAAUAUGAUUAAACUUUCAAGGUGUGAUAAAUGUUCAUACCUUUAAACUGCCAACAGUCCUGUACAGUAAAUCUAAAUGUCUGGAGGUUAAAAACAUGCACACCAAGUAUGAUAUAGACAUACAAUAUGCCAUGAACAAAUAAAAAAUCCUUAUGAUAGGCCUGAAUACAUUUACUAUAUUUUGUUUGCCUCAAGACAAUUUUAACUGUUUUAAGCAUUACGCUUCUAUGUAUAUAUAAUGUUAAUUAGACAUGACUGUGAUUUAACAUCUUCUGAGUUAUAAGCCAUAUUUGCGGUUUGCUUAAUUGCUGGGUUAUGUUUACACAUUGGUGUUACAUAUAAUCUCACACAUUUUUCAAUGGAUGCUUUUAGUUUAUAUAUGAUAGUAUCAGUAUAUACUUAGUGUAUUUUAGCAAUUAACAUCUCAGAUACUGAAAUCCAGGUGCUAGUUUCCCACGUAGUAAUUACUGUCACACAAACCAGCAGUCUUCACACUGUAGUAUAGGCCUUGGAAUCAUCUUUUGUGUGUUUACUGGGACCUCCACUUUUUAGAAUUGCGUUGACAUUAUUGUUUAAAAAAUAUUUGCUGUAUUGUCCUUAUUAUAUUACUGUAAUGUUUCUUUUAGUCUAACCUUUAUAUUACUGUAAUGUUUCUUUUAGUCUAACCUUUAAUCUCUGCAGGUAAUUUUUAACAUUUUAUUUGUAUUACAGCAUGCUGGUGUGUGAUUAAUAUAUUUCAAUAAGAAUUACAAUUGGAUGGCCCACAAAUAUGGCACACUGAUUUGAAAGGUCUCCACUUAAUACACACUUGAAUUUUUUUGCUGGGUUCAACUGUAAAUAUACCAUGUUUUCAAUGCUAUUCAUCUGCACUACAUAUACAAAUAUUGUGUGAAUAUGUAUGAGUAUGAAUGAGUUUUGUUGAAUGUCCUUAAGCCUAAGAUAGAAACUAACAUAUUUGCUUCAUAUUUUACACUUAUCAUUUAUAAAAUGAAGUGUACAUUAUCUUUUUAUCAUGAGAUGGAGACUCCUGUUUUUCAUUUGAGUAUAGUGUGUGAAAGGCGCUAUAUAGCGCCCGACCCGGCACAGACUGAGGCAGAGGCACGUACUUAAAUAAAACACUUUUUAUUUGUCUUCAGCCGUGGGGCACGCCUUCCCCGUGUCCCAUCGGCCCAACACAGUCCCAAAAACACUCACAAUCUCUACAACAAUAUUGCUUCUGGCUCCACCACUCCUCCUCAGGCUUAGUCCUCCUCCUCCCGACUCUGGCUCUCCUGAGUGGUGGUGGCUGGCCCUUUUUAUAUCCCACCCGGAAGCGUUGGGGCUGAAGAUACGACCAGCCAGGCUGCUGACUCCAUGCAGCUCCCCCUAGCGGCCAUCUGAGCCCCCAACCAGGCUGUAGAGGACUCCAUCUCCCAUGGAGCCAUGCGCCAGGUUGGGGAAUCAUCGUCUGCCAGGGAGGCUGCCACCAAGCGUCCCGGGGGAGGUACUGAACUGUCCAUGGCUGCUCCCCCGGAACAGAUGUAGCAGGGGCGUCCCUGCCGGGCAUGGGACCCGGCUGUCCAUUACAAGUGUUAAAAAAAGCAUUAUAUUUUAUUUAAAUAACAUAUGUUAUUAAAACCUAAAGCAUACAGGGCUAUGGAUAGCAUUACUAUUACAUUGUCAAGCUUGUCAAGCCAAAUUAUCAUUCAGAGAUUUUACAUAAAAGGCAUCAUACAUUUUAAGAUGUAUUAAAUUUGUUUACCCCUUGCCAUGAACUGAAUGGAUAAAUGGAAUUUAUUGAAAGAUGUCUGCAAAUAAAUUCCGUUUUUUGUUUGAAAUUCCUGCAGUUCAUUUUCGAAUAUCCUUCCUGAUCAAUUCAUUAAGAUUACCUUGUUUUUAGAAUGUUUAAAAAUGCACUUAAUUCAUUUUACAAACCUUGGUAUACUAAUACUGAGCCGUGGAGGCCAGUGUCUUUCCCAGUUACAAUGGACACAUGGCUUGGCAUGGAUGAGUCUAUCACAGGGCUACUCAUUUCACAUAGCUACUGGAUAUGGGAAGAAAAUAAAAAAUACUGAUAAAAAGUACAUAUGUAACAGGCAGAGAGAGACCAGGCUGUGAACUGAACCCAGAUCUAUGAAGCUACAGAGUUGAAGUAGCAACAUCAAACUACUAAACUCCCUAAUGCUUACAACAUAUCUCAAAACAGUUUCCUCCCUUAAUAGGUACAGGAGGUCCCUUUGAAAAGUCUGACUUUUUACAGCAACCUAUGUUAAAAAUAUCUUAUAAAGUGGACUUAGAACAUGUACUGUAUAUAAAUGUAUUUCAGUAAAUUUCUAAAUGUUAAUUUGUAUUGUUGUAUGAAUGUAGAAUGCACGUAAAAAGAGGUGGGGGGUGGGGGGGGGGACAUUGCUUCUGGAAAAUUACAGGUCUGUCAGGUUUAUUGAAACACCAUAAGUCAAUUCGAAGUUUGAAGACUGAACUAGUGACCUUUUGUUGUUAGGUCCAGGUGUUUAACCACUAGACUAUACUCCCUAUCUAAGGCCAUAAACUCAUCAUGUGGAAUGUAAACCAACAGACAAACUAACUCUGUACAAACUGGUUUCCAUUGGCCAUCAAAGAUAAAAUAGUUAUGGACCAAACUGUGAAAAGCUGAAGCCAUUUGAAUGAUAUUAUGCUUUAAAUGAAAAAUGAAAGUCAAGAUUACAAGUUUAAAAUGAAAAUUACACACUUACUCAGGAUAUGCGAUAUAUUAUUUUCUUCCUUCUAUCAAUAAACAGUAUUUUGAAAUAUUUUUUUUCUGAAAUCCAGCUCAUUUAGAAUCUGUUGAGUUAAUCUAAAAUAUUAAGUAUGAAAAAUGUGAAGAAAACAGCAUUGUCAUGAUUCAUGUGUUAAAAGUGUUCACUGAAUAGCAUGUCUCUACUGAAAUAUGACAAACAUUGCUAUGUGUAUCUGUGAUCUCCAUAUCAAAGAAAAUGCUAAACAUGAAUCAAUUCAGCUGCCAAAUCGCUAAUUCUGACUUUAGCUCUUCAUGGCCCAGUAUUACAUUUACCUAAUGGAUUCUUAUUUAAAUCCUUGGGAAAUCCUUCAGGACCUGACGUAGGCACAGGCAGUGAACCACAUGAUCAUAUCCUCUUACUGGACCAGUUAACAUAAGCAAGAUCUUAAGAACCAAAUGUCUAGGACCUGUUAAAAAAAAUUCCCACAGGAUUUAAGUUAAAUCUUUUAGAAAAAACAAUGGAAGAUGCAGAUUUCCAAAGAGAGUUUUUGGCAUGAGCGUGAUUAUUUUUUAUUAUUGUUUUUAUUUUGGAUAAUCUUUUUUUUUUCAUUUUAAAUCUAAAUAGUAGUGCAAAUGUUUCUUUAUAUAUUGAGAACACUGAUUUACUGUAAUAGCAAAACUCUCUUUGUGCCUUGGGGUUUUAAUGUAUUAUAAGUUAAUACAGAAUAUACAUGUUAGGUUAAAUAAUUAAAUGACCUCUGCAGGCUAAUGCAUAUUUAUGCAUUAUACUGUAUAUGGACACUGAAUAUUUACUUGUUUGGGUGACAAAGUAAGAUUUUCUCACUUUGCUGUAACUUAACUUCAAAGAAAAUAAAAAUAUGUCUGUUAUACUUUUGCUGCUGUAAAACAUUCUCACUGGGUGGUUGUUAUCAUUAUAUUUGGCUGUUACUAAUCUCAAUGUACAGAUUAGAAUAUCAAAAUAUUUUUGUAUGUCAUCAAGUUGCACUUUACAUGAUUUAUUUUGGAAUUCUAUAAAAUUAUCAAUUUUAAUAAAAAGUAAAUGAAAUGAUU